AUGCCGGAUCUACCCAAAUAUGAUGGAACCAAAGACCCUCAAAAGCAUGUGACUUCAUACACUUGCGCUGUUAAAGGCAAUGACAUGCAACCGGAUGAAAUUGAAUCUAUUUUACUUAAGAAGUUCGGUGAAAAACUGUCCAAAAGAGCAAUGACAUGGUAUUCGACGCUUUUGAAGCAUUCGAUUCAUUCCUUUGAAAUGCUAGUGGAUGCUUUUAUCAAAGCACAUACUGGUGUGACAAAGGUGUCUACGAGAAAGGCAGAUAUCUUCAAGAUAGUUCAAGAUGAUAAAAAAUUGUUACGGGAAUUUGUUAUAAGAUUCCAAAAAGAACGGAUGCUGCUGCCAUUGGUACCUGAUAAGUGGGAAGCAGAGGCAUUCACCAAGGAAUUGUACCCAAAAAGUUCAACUGCCUCAUUAAAAUUAAAGGAGAACUUAUUGGAAUUCCCCGUUACAAUGUGGGCAGAUGUUCACAAUUGGUACGAAUUAAAAAUACGAGUAGAAGAUGAUCAGUUCGGAUUACCCACUGGGUCAACGGGUCAGAAUCAGAUCUGUGAUAGACCUAAAAGAAAUGAAGAUUCUGAUUCCAGACCUUGGAAGAAAAGAUAUCAGCCUGUAUGGAUAUCAGGAAAGGUCUCGUUCAAGGCUGGAACGAAGUCGUAG